UGCUGUAGUAAGGAGGAGAAACUCACACAGUCGUUGUUACUGAGAGCUGAAAUGGCACAGAGAGGAGUUCAACUAGACCAAGGCAGCUUGUCUUGUCCCAUCUGUCUGGAUUUCCUGAAGGAUCCUGUGACUAUUCCCUGUGGACACAGUUACUGUAUGGACUGCAUUAAAGACUUUUGGGAUGGAGAAAAUCAGAGGAAAAUCCACAGUCGCCCUCAGUGCAGGAAAGAGUUCAUACCAAGGCCUGGUCUGGAGAAAAAUGUCAUGUUAGCUGCUUUAGUGGAGGAUCUGAAGAAGACUGGACUCCAAGCUGCUCCUGCUGAUCACUGCUAUGCUGGACCUGAAGAUGUGGCCUGUGAUGUCUGCACUGGGAGGAAGAGGAAAGCUGUCAAGUCCUGUUUAUCAUGUCCAGCUUCCUACUGUAGGAAUCACCUCCAACCUCACUAUGAUGCUCCACCAUUAAAAAGACACAAACUGGUGGAUCCUUCAAAGACUCUCCAGGAGAACAUCUGCUCUCGUCAUGAUGAGGUGAUGAAGAUCUUCUGUCGUACUGAUCAGCAGUGUAUCUGUUUUCUUUGCACUAUGGAUGAACAUAAAGGCCAUGAAACAGUCCCAGCUGCAGCAGAAAUGGCUGAGAAGCAGAAGGAGCUCCAGGAGAGUCGACAACAAAUCCAUCAGAGAAUCCAGGACCAAGAGAAAGAUGUGAAGCUGCUUCAACAGGAGGUGGAGGCCAUCAAUGUCUCUGCUGAUAAAGCAGUGGAGGACAGUGAGAAGAUCUUCACUGAGCUGAUCCGUCUCCUCCAGGAAAGAAGCUCUGAGGUGAAGCAGCAGAUCAGAUCCCAGCAGGAAACUGAAGUGAGUCGAGUCAAAGAUGUUCAGGAGAAGCUGGAGCAGGAGAUCACUGAGCUGAAGAGGAAAGACGCUGAGCUGGAGCAGCUCUCACACACAGAGGAUCACACCCAGUUUCUCCUCAACUACCCCUCACUGCCAGCACUCAGGGAGUCGACACACUCAUCCAGCAUCAACAUCCGUCCUCUGAGACACUUUGAGGACGUGACAGCAGCUGUGUCAGAGCUCAGAGACAAACUACAGGACGUCCUGAGAGAC